CAGGUGCUUGCCUUGAUUGCAUCAACUUCUUCCUCCCCGAACCAGACGCUGUUGCUUGUGUACAGUAGACUGAGACUUCUAUCGCAAUCCUGUGUUCCAGCAAUGGUCGACCUUCAUUCCUUACCGGCCGGCUCGCGGCCCGAACAUGCAGUCCGCAAUAAUGGACCGGACAACCUCGUACUUGAGAGAUACAAGCUGCGUGAAUUGGCUGAAGGCUGGCCGCUCUAUAGGGAUGCGUGCGAAUGGGAGAACCUCAAAUCCAUCUUCCACCCCGACGCUUACAUCUACACUACCUGGACAGGGAGGACACACUACCUGGAUUUCAUCAAGGCAUCGCAGGCAGGCAUGGACAAGGGGGCCUUCAUCAUGCAUCGCUGCCACGGAAGCACCACCGACAUCAACCGCGAGGCCACGCGGGCGGUGACCAAGAUGAAGGCGACCAUCACCCAGCGAUUCGCGGUGGACGGCUGCGAGGUCGACGCCGAGAGCGACUGCCGCUUCUGCUUUUUCUGGGUCAAGCUGCCCGACACGGGCGAGUGGCGGGCCAGGUUCGUGCGGCAUUGGUAUGAAAAGGACAAAUUGAUCCCCGUCAACCCUGCCAAAGUGCCCAUCCUCGACGAGCAGCGCUUGAAGGACUAUCCAAGCGGCUAUCGGUAUCUGGCCUACCUCCAGGAAGUGACCAUGGGCGUCACGGUGCUCCGCGACAUGCCUGGGCACAGGCGUGAGAGCGGAGUGGAAGGCGGCAGCAAAGACUGUGGAGACAAGCAUGAUCUUCUCUACUGGCAGUGUAAAGCCUGGGUCGAGGGCAAGGACAUGGAGAUCUGAAACCAAUGUAUACAAAGGGGCUGUACCAUAGACGAAUUUGUCGCCCUCUCUAUUAAAGAGCGACGAGGGCCGCAGCCUCGUAGCCUUGCGUGUGCUGUGCCCCCCCAC